AUGUCGACUGGUCUGUCGGUGAAGGUAGUGGACUGUUGCUUGCUGUUUCAGUUUCGGUUUCGAUUUCGAUUUCGGUGGGAUGCUGGUUUCGGUAGGCUGUCGGUGAGGUUGUUGUUGGUUGUUUUGCUUUUGCAAUCCUACGGUGGUUGUUUGGACUGGUCGGUAUGGGCAGUCGGUGGCUUUCGGCGGUUGUUUUUGGCUAGGCAGUCGGUGACUUGCGCUGGUUGCGAUGAUUGGUUUUGGUUUGCUGAGUUGUCGGUGAAGCUGUGA